AUGGCUGCAGUUUCUGUGCUCAAAUUCCUUGUUAGUCUUCUUGCUUCAGUUUUUGCCAUUUCCUCUGCUCUAAAAUGCUCCCACACCACUUUCUUACACAAAAGAGUGUUUAAAUCCUGUGUGGAUCUUCGACAUUUAGGUGCUCAACUUUACUGGAAUUACGUUCCAUCCCAUGAAAAGGUUUCGAUAGCUUACAGGGCAAAACAAGUUCCAACGGGAUGGAUUGCAUGGGGGAUCAACCCCACAAGGCCUGGCAUGAUCGGAUCACAAGCUUUGGUUGCUUUCCAUAAUGCCGACGGAAGAAUGAUCGUUUAUCCAACAUCCAUAAAGAGCUACGACCCUUCAAUGCUGCCAGAGAAACUUAGUUUUCUUGUUUCGAAUAUAUCAGCAGAAUAUGCAAACAAUGUGAUGACAAUAUAUGCUACUGUGGGGCCACUGAAAAAUGGUAGUGUUGUCAAUCAUGUAUGGCAAGCAGGAAGUUCGGUUUCUGGAAACGUUCCUCAGAUGCAUGCAACCUUUCCUUCGAACCUUCAAUCAGUGGGGAAAAUAGAUUUCUAUUCAGCUUAG